GUCUAAAUUACGUUUAUUUUUUUGCCUGAUCGACACUAUGGCCGCUGUCGCGUGUGAAAUCGUGGGCACCGGUGAUGGUAAGAUCGAAAAUCUGCACAAGAGUAGUGAUCGACUGACAUCGAAAGUGAUAGCGAAGGAACUGGUUUUGGAGAUCGUGAACAGCGCUCUGGAUAUGGUGGAGGAAUCGUCGUGCUCCAGGGAAAUGAUGGAGAACGAGGAGAAAAUUAGAGAUAAGAAAUGUUACGGUAGCGAUGAUCCGAAAGAGAAGAUAGUGGUUCCAUUAAAAGGCACAGGUGACCAAGGAAGUAACGAAGCUUUCGAACAAACGGAAGUAUGUCCAUUCCAUCCUCCUGUCGAAAAAAAGAACCGUCUAACCGAUCUGGUCAAAAACUCCAAGCAGCUGCUGGCUAAGAUCAUGAUGAGCGAAAGCAAAGUUUCUUUUCAACAGCAGAAAAAGGAAGAACAGGAAGAACACGUGGUUGACGUAAUAGAACUGGACUGCAUACAAAUUCACGAUUUACCCUUCACAUGCCGUCAAAAAAUACUUCCUGAAGAGGUACCUUUACCAAGAAACGACUCGCUUGAAAUCCUUAAUCCACCCAUAGAAGAAGCGUCUUUAGAAGAAGAUCAAGAUAUAGGAGAAGAAAGUGAGGUAAUGCCUGGAAAAUCUAAGGAAAGCUUGAAAAAAACGUCAACUUUUCCGAGGAGUAAUGGUGCAAAAGCCAAGGCUGCGUUCGCAGCUAAGUGCCGAACGUUGAGGAUGAGCACUUUGAAUUUGAAGAAGAAGAAAUGGAACGUCGGAGGUAGAAUAGUGAACUUUUUCAAGAAGAAGAAAGAUAGUAAAGCUGCGGUGAAUGAUCCGAUGAAGAGCGAUGGUGUGGAAGAUCUACCAAACAAAGAUAACGAAUAAAAAAUAAUAAUUUAAGUUGAUUUUCAAAAUUCGGUGUUGAGUUGGGGUGUUUAUUUGGUUUAAUAUAUAGAUUUAUU